AUGACAUUCUUAAGGAAAAGCAAUUUCCGUGGCAGCACGCUGCUAAGUCAAGUUGAGGGGGAGCGGACGAAAGAACAUGUCAGCCGGACAGUGGACCAGGACGACUCAUCAGACGACCCGUUAAGCACGAGCGAAGUUACAUCUCCGAAGAAAAGGAAAAGGCCAGAACCAGCAACUGACGAUGAGCCCAUCAGCUCCUCAGAUGAAAGUGAACAAUUGGAGCGGUCGAGCGUGACGCCAGGGCCCAAGCGGCGGCCUCGCGCGGUAUGGUCGCCCAUAGACCUGGUGGCGGACUCCACGGAGGCUACGCCGAAACCACGCAAGAGAGCUAUGUCUACGCCCAAAACUGGAGAAAGAAGAUCAAAGCGGAUAUCCACCACGCAGGAGACAGACACGAGUAAAGAUCUAAGCAACCGUUCGGCGACCAGUCGUCUUCUUAGCGAAACGUCGAUGUUUUUCCAACGCACGCCCAAACGCUCAAUAACCUACACCCACAAACAUCCCAAAAGUGUUCCUCGACCAGUAAGGGCAGAAAAGAAGCCCGAAUUCAUUGUCCCACGCGGUGAGCCGUAUGGUUCCAGCCCAGGGCAACCUCAGAAACAUGCGGAUCACCACGAAUUCAAAGUUCCAAGGGCCCUACCAAACGAUAUUUUCUCUGGCUCGUCUAUUCCUACUGAUUCAUCCCGCGAAAUUGUAGAAUCUGUUUUAUUUGACGACGGCAGCGGGUCGUCUUCCCCACUAAGCUCAGUGGCACCGUCGAAUAUGGAUCUCACUACAGAUGAAAAGCGAUGGCUAGAUGCCUCGCCAGAAGAUUUUGUCCGCUGCCCGGCCUGUAAUGCGUUACUUGACCCGGAAUAUCUCGCGGAAUUUGAGUUGAUCCAAGGACUCAGUAUCAAGAAACAAAUGCAGGUUUGCCGACAACAUAAGCGAUGGACGGCAGAGCGUGACUGGCGUCUACGAGAGUAUCCAACAAUCAAUUGGGAAUCGCUAGAGAACCGGCUUCACAAAUAUUUUGCGGAUCUAGAGAAAAUAUUGACUCGCAAAAGACCAUCGUUCUUCCGCAACUACUUGGAGACUUCAAACCCGGGGAAUAGUAAACGAGAUAAUUACCGCCUCACGGCGAAUAGUCAAUUUGAGAUGAUGUCUUCCGGUUAUUAUGGCCCGCGUGGCUCUAGGAUGAUGAUGGAUUCGAUUAUCAUGAAAUUCGCCACAAAAAUACGACAUCUAGCGCCGUCAGAUCCAUUAAUGCAGGCUACCGGCGUGUCUGGCUUUGUCCAAGCAGUGUUGGUGCCUGAAUUAACUGUGAUGCUUGUUAGAGAUGAUAUGGGCGUUGACGAUGAGAAUGCACGACAGAUUAUGAGGGACAGUAGCAUGAUCGGGAAUUUAUUGAACGAACAGCCUGAUGAUAUUGUCAUAGUAGAUGAGUGCGGGAAUUCACAAAAUUAA